GCAUCUCACGCUUACCCUUCUUGGAGCCUUCGAAUCCAUCACGCCGACAGCGUCUGUCGUUGGUCUCAUUGUCGACAACAAAUUUCUCGUCAAUACCAACCCAUAUACCGCGCAGACGUUACUGGCGAUAUAAUACUAACGUGGCGGCGUUACGUAAUUUACUCCAAAAGAAUAAUCAUCGUCUUUCCCAUCUUCUGUUGGUUGGGUUGUAUAGUUGCUAUGUCCACUUGGUGUGCUUACAAUGCAUCGAAGCUCCACUUGGGGUGGCACACGCUAUUCCCGAUCAUCAUUGCUCUCAUCGAGUCUGGCACUUUUUACACGGUCGCCACCCUCGGUGCGCUCAUCACACACGUGUAUGGUACUUCCGGAGAGUUCGCAGCCGUACAGGUCUUACCUUCCGUCGUGUUAUCUUCCGGAACGUGGAACGUACAGGGAAUCAUUUACUGCCUGAUUGUCCUCCACAUCAAGUUCAACACAGAUCUACCAAGUAUAGGGAGGUUAAAUACCACGGCAUACCUGGACACAUUCUCCGGAGUAGUCGGAAUGCACAACCACAUCAUUCCUUCUGUUAGCCUGCCACAACAUUAUACGCUUCCCGGAACAAGCUCCCUUUCGCCCCACUCCCACAGAUGUCAUCUUCCGCUGCCCACUCCUCUUCCUUGAAUAUCACUCACUCAAGGUCGAACUACGAGGAUAACCCACAAUAAGACGCAUGGCUUGCAGGGAAUGCUAUAGCAAUUCUGCACUUCGUUGGCGUGAGCUGGGCUCACUACUCAGAGGCUACAUGAUGGGACACAAUCCGUCGACAUCGAGACUCGCGACUAGAGGUGCCCUGAUCCGGAUCCUAUUGAGAGCCUCAUCACGGUGGGUUCUUGAACGCCGUCCAUCGAUUCUCACCUCGAAUCCAGCACAAUCCUUAUUGUGAGGAUAUUCGUACUCCCGCAACAUUGCUGAGAAACAUGUUUCGCCGGCAAAGUCCGCCACGGCAUGCGAGCUCCCAUUCGUGCUCUCUUAAACACUACACUCCACUCUUGUCGUGAACUCGCAACGACUUGAAGGCGGUAUUGGCAGACCCUCAGAGGUCUCUCUAUGCUCGAGAAAUGGUAUUGCUCAGCGAGGCUGAACUUCUGGGCAUUUUUCUGGAAUCGUUUGUCACGGGUAUCUUCUUUACUCUUGCAUGCGUCUCGAUCUUUGCGCAAAAUGGGCGUAGAACUUCCAGUUGGGGAUAUUCUGUGCCUGUUGUCUGCUUCAUGUUCACAAUCGCAAUGACGCAUCUUAUACUUGCUUUCGUUGGUAAUCUGAAAUCCGUGCCUCCAAGCUUGAGUGUCGGUCAGGUCAUCGGCGACGUAAAGUUCUUCGUCAGCAUCGUUCUUUACACCGUUCAGACGCUGGUUGGGGACAUGAUACUGACUUGGCGCUGCUACAUCAUAUACUCCAAGAGCGUGGUAGUCGUGAUAUUCCCUGUGCUUGGAUUGCUUGGAAGCAUUGCCAUAUGGAUCAUCCAGAUGAUCACUUGGGAACAACCAUUCGGUCGGACACAGAUCAGCGCGGAAACUGUAUGGGUGACGGCGUACCUCACUAUUACAUGCGCCAUCAAUCUCUAUACCACUCUCGCGAUGGCGAUAUGGUGUGCAUAUAACACACGAAAACUUCACCUAGGCUGGCCCACCCUCUUUCCAUUCAUCGCUGUUCUCGUCGAGUCCGGUGUUAUAUACACAGUCGCCACACUGAGCGCACUGAUCACGCAUCUCGUCGGCUCGAAUGCGCAAUUCGCAAUGGUCCAGGUGCUUCCGUCUAUUGUUGGGAUUGUAUACUGCUUGAUGAUCCUACAGAUCAGAUUCAACGCCGACCUGCCCACAAGAGGGCUUGCCCAAACUACAGGUUAUCUAGAUCCCUUGCCGGCGGCAGUCGAUGGUCAAAUGCAUAUGUUGGUCGAGUGA